UCUUAUGCUUCUCCAACUGUCUCUAUGUUUUUCUCGGCGUCUCCUUUUCCUCUGUCCUCGCACGUCUUUCUUCCUUCAACUCAUGAAGAAUGAUUAGCAUAAAUGAGACGAUAACUUUCCAGCAGGAGUGAUCAAGAGUGAGAGUGUGAAAACGGAACAGCAUAAAAAGAGGAAAGAAACAUCAAGGGAGAUCAAAAAGUUUGAGUAAAGAGAGCUUUUCCAGACUGAAAAUGAAACUGGAGGAGGUGUAGCGACCUCUUAUCAGUCAUCUGCCAUAGAGGGCCGUGGGGCAAACAGAGGUCAGAACCAAAGAGCAAUUAAACCUGCAAUCACAUCAGAUGGAGGUGGAUGUAGCAGAUGAGAAUCACCAUUGCACACGCUCAAAAGUACCUCUGGAGCCAGCGAUUCAAGAGUUAUUCAGUGUGUAUGGCUGUCCUAUCGCCAAGAAGAUGAAACCCCUGGAGAGUCAUGCCCUGGAGCCAUCACCCAAAAAGAGGCUUUUUUUAACUGUCACAGACCAACAGCCAAUGGAGAAAUACUACAGCAAUGAGAAAAUGGAGGCAAUGGACGAAAAGGAGGAUGAGGAUAAGGACCAGGAAGAAGAUGAGGAUGAGGAAGGGGAGGAGGAAUAUACAGACAAUGAGGACCAAUAUGAACAGGAAGAGGUAGAAGUGAUUAAUGGAGAAGAGGAAGAGGUACAACAUGAAGAGGAGGAAGUGGUAGAGGAAGAGGAAGAAGAAGUAGAAAGAGAGGGGGAGGAAGAAGAGGAGGAGGAGGUAGAAGAAGAUGAGCAAUACUAUGAGGAUCAAAUUCAAGAAGAGAGUGACCAAAUGAAUCGCAGUCUCAGCAAACCAAACCCCAUCAUGGAGAAGCACGACAACAACAAUGACGAAUAUGAAAACUACGAUGAGCUGGUGGCCAAAUCUCUGCUAAACCUCGGCAAAAUCGCUGAGGAUGCCGCUUACCGUGCCAUGACUGAGUCCGAGAUGAACAGCAACUCCUCAAACAGUGCAGAAGAUGAAGAUGAUGAAGAUGAUGAUGAGGAAGAUGAGGAAGAUGACGAGGAAGGUGAGUACAGCUUAAGAAAGGGUGAGCUGACUGUAGACGUCAACAGUGAUGUAGUGAGGGAGACCGUGGACUCGCUGAAGCUCCUGGCACAGGGUCACGGAGUUACGCUCUCAGACAACCUCCAAGAGAGGCCGUAUCAGGACGAUGGAUUCGAAAACAGGGACUGCGGCAACAUCAAUGUUAAUGGACUCACUGGCAACUGUGGGCAGGGUAAACUCACCGUUAAUGGUCAGAUGGUGGAGAAAAGCGAUGAGGAAGUUUGUUUGAGCAGUUUGGAGUGUCUUCGCAACCAGUGCUUUGACUUGGCACGCAAGCUAAGUGAGACCAAGCCAGCCGAGCGCCUCAACAAUAACCAGCAGGUGUAUCAACUCUAUCAGGAGGCCCAACAACAGUAUCAGAAUCCUGAGGAACAUCACGUCCUCGAGCGCAACUACUCAGACAUGGUGAACCUGAUGAAGCUGGAGGAGCAGCUCAGCCCACGCUCCAAGGCGUUCUCCAGUUGCGGAGCAGAGCACAAGGGCUUCCAGGACUGCGAUGAAGACACCACCUCUGUCACAUCAGACCGCUCGGAGGAAGUCUUCGACAUGACCAAGGGCAACCUGUCACUGCUGGAGAAGGCCAUAGCACUGGAGACAGAGCGGGCCAAGGCCAUGCGGGAGAAAAUGGCUUCUGAAGCAGCCAGAAGAGAUAGACUGCAUUUGCGUGAGGACGCUUUGAGGCAUAGCUGUGCAGAGGAGCGGAAGAACCGUCUUCACCAUGAUGGGCUGAAGAAGCCCUACUUCCUUAAAGAUUCUUCACGUUCAGGGAAGAAAGACAGUCGUUGCCCAACGCCUGGUUGUGAUGGCACAGGUCAUGUGACGGGGUUGUACCCUCAUCAUCGCAGUCUGUCAGGAUGCCCCCAUAAAGACAGAGUCCCACCAGAAAUUCUUGCAAUGUAUGAGAAUGUUCUUAAGUGCCCUACGCCUGGCUGCACGGGCCGGGGUCAUGUCAACAGCAACAGAAACUCGCACAGGAGCCUGUCAGGGUGCCCGAUAGCAGCUGCUGAAAAACUGGCCAAAUUCCACGAGAAACACCCGUCCUGUGACGGAAUCAAAUCCAGCCAGGCUUCAGACCGGGUGCUCAGGCCGAUGUGCUUUGUGAAGCAGUUGGAGAUACCACAGUAUGGCUAUAAAAACAACGUCCCCACGACAACCCCACGCUCCAACCUAGCCAAAGAGUUGGAGAAAUACUCCAAAACCAGCUUUGAAUACAACAACUACGGCAACCACAACGUCUACAGCAAACGGCACACUGCUGCACCCAAACUCCACAGUCGAGAUGCACUCCCCAAAAGUGAUGAUGUGAAGCGCUACUGUAAGAGCUCGAGUUCAGCGAGCAGCACUAGCAGCAGUUACGGGCCCAGCAGCAGCAGCCUGAGCUGUGGAGGAGGUGGAGCCAGAGGAGUGGAGAGCAGUGCCAGCAGCACCUGCAGCAAGAGCAGUUUCGACUACACACAUGACAUAGAGGCGGCACAUAUGGCUGCUACCGCCAUCCUCAAUCUCUCCACCCGCUGCAGGGAGAUGCCACAGAGCCUGAGCGGCAAAACCCUUGACAUCUGCACACAGUCUGAUGAUCUGGAUCCCUUCCAGGAUAUUUUAGAUGACAGUCCAUACACUGCCGAUCUCAAUAUUCCUAGUCCCAAGCAUAAAUUCCCACCUUGCAAAGAAAGCAAAAAGGACCUGAUAACUCUUUCAGGAUGUCCUUUAGCAGAUAAAAGCAUUCGGAGUAUGAUGGCCACCAAUGCACAAGAACUUAAGUGCUCGACCCCGGGCUGUGAUGGCUCGGGACAUAUUACUGGCAACUACGCUUCUCACAGAAGUUUGUCAGGUUGUCCACGUGCUCGGAAAACUGGACUAAAGAUAACACACAGCAAAGAGGACAAAGAAGACCAGGAGCCAAUCAGGUGUCCGGUGCCUGGCUGUGACGGUCAGGGUCAUAUAACGGGGAAAUACGCGUCACACCGCAGCGCGUCAGGCUGCCCUCUAGCGGCCAAACGGCAGAAGGACGGUUAUAUGAACGGCUCUCAGUUCCCAUGGAAACCUGGAAAGACAGAUGGCAUGUCGUGUCCCACACCAGGCUGCGAUGGGUCCGGUCACGUCAGCGGCAGUUUCCUCACACACAGAAGUCUGUCUGGCUGUCCGCGUGCGACUGCAGCGAUGAAGAAAGCCAGACUGUCAGCAGUGGAGAUGCUCACCAUAAAUCAACCAACUAGCAACGCAGGUUUUGACAGUGAUACAGAUAUUAAACAGCUGGAUGAAGACAUUAAAGAAUUAAAUGAAUCAAAUUCACAGGUGGAGGCGGAUAUGAUCAAACUUAGAACACAGAUCACCACAAUGGAGACGAAUCUUAAGUCACUAGAAGAAGAAAACAAGAAAUCAUCACUUCACAAAGAACCUCCGAUUAGAAACAACAGCUGUUUACAGUUGCACCAGAGAGACCCAAUUAGUGAACAGAACUUUGACGCAUAUGUGAGCACGCUAACAGACAUGUACACAAAUCAAGAGCAGUACCCGAGUCCAGAGAACAAGGCCCUGCUGGAGAACAUCAAACAAGCAGUGCAAGGCAUUCCAGUCUAGGGGCGCUUUUCUUAAACGAAGGAAUACAGGGGACAAAAGACACUUCCAGAAUAAAUCAUAUGGGAUGCCUCAUGCUUUGCUGUUGUAGUUUGUCAAACAGUGAACAACAUACUGUAUAUUCUUUUAAAACGUGUUAUGCUGACUUAACAUGAUUUGAAUUUGUAUUUAUUUUUCUGGCCUUGCUUUAACAAAACAAAAAAAGAAUGAUCUGCCGAAUAGUUUUUGAAAACAUCCACAUUUUGUACGUUUUCAUAUGUGAAGUCAUCGCUCUUGCUGCUCAUUCAUGCACCUUUUAGUGUACUGUAUAUUUCUGAACAGUAAUGCAACCACUACCGAAUAUUCUGCAUUCUUGCUUUUUUAUGCUUGCUGAGUGACAAACAAAGAGUUAAAAAUCUCUACUUAGCUACUUUAUAAAAAAAGAAUAAUAAAUAAAUAAAAGAAAAAGUUUUAAAAAAUGACUGAAAGGCCUUCUGUGCACAGUUUAUGAAAUGUAUGGAGGUUUUUUUUUAUUGUUAAUAUCAAAUAGGGUGUGGACAUUUGUUGUUAAAGUUGAUGUUAAAAACUAAAAUUGACUCUAUAUGAAUGUUUAUUUGAAACAUUAAUACACAGAAAAUAGAUGAUGGAGAUCCUGUUAUUUAGCCAUGAACAUUUCUUUAAAAAAAAAGUCACACAGAAAAUGACUAUUUUUGUUAGAAAUGCAUUGUCAUUGAAUUGCAUCAAGGUCUUUGUUUUGUUUUCUUGGAAAAAGUAAAAAUAUAGGUCUCAGCAAUAUAUGACUUAAACGUGUGUAUAAAAAGACAUGCAAUCUAUGUGGUGGACAACAGUUUGGGUAUAUGCAAUUUCAUGUUUGUAAACAGUGGACGCUACAGAAUCUUUUUACUAUAUGUAAAUUAUUGAUCUUUAUAUAAAUCUUUUAAUACAAAGGUUUUAAAAGAAGGGAAACAUGGACAUUGAGUUUAGAGACAGACAAUGAGUUUCAUCUUAUUUGGGACACAUUGUGUCCAUGUUCUGAUGUUUGUAUGGAACCUGAAGAAGAAGGCUUUUGCAAAGAAUAUAUAGACAAUGAAAACGGGACCUACAGGGUUUUUGUCCCCACUUUUGUGCCAGAUGACUUUUUGCACUUGUCCAAGAGAUUUAUCUGACCUUUGGUUGAAGUGCAACCUCCAAGUGUCCCUUUGGCACUCGUUUGGAAGGUGUAAUGACAGACAUUCCGCAGUUUUGAGGAGAGAUCACAGGGAAUUCAAUUAGAAAUGAUGACAACAUCUUUCCAAAAAAUAUAUUGUGACUUAUGAAAUAAUGACGCUAGUUCAUAUGUUCUAUAUCAUUGAAGAAUAAUCCCCAGCAGCACUUUAUGUCUAAUCACUGUAUAAAUCAUCAAAGAGUCCUCAAUCAAAAUGAUGAGUUUUAAGUGGAUAAGAAAAAAAGAAAACAGAAAAUGGGAUCGGACAGUAGAAUUUGGGGGUGUUGUGGAUUACAGUAUGCACCCUUCAUUUCCAUUGUACUAUUAGCUGUAGCCACCUUGUUAAUAGCUUUUUGAGAGCUAAUGCAAAGGUGCUUGUUUUCAUUGUAUUAAUUUGUCCUAUUUUAGGGCUCCAUCAUCAUUAGUGCACAGCAUCAGGGCUGCAAUUUUUUCCAAUAUAGUAAUGCUUUCAAUAGAGAAAUAGCUUGGAUCAUUUUUGAAUAAAUUAUCAUCAUCGGUACAAUGGAAAUUGGAUUUUAAGCACAAACAUGCUGCUCAUAUACUGUUGGUGCAUCAUAUAAAAAAAAAAAAAAGAAGAUAUCUGUGACUAAUUACCCGAGAUACAAGGAAAAGAUGUCACAUAUUAGAAUUCCGAAUUUACAUUUGAAUUAUUGUGAAUUUAUGAUUUUAUUUCUCUUAAAUUCUUCAUUUCGAGGUUGAUCUGUUUGAAUCAUCAAUGAUGACGGGAUUUUAAACUAUCAGCUCUCUGUAGAACUGGAGUUUGAUUUAUUUUUGUAAGACACAGCAUGAAUUUGUUGACAUUUUAAUUUUACUACAAAUGUGUGAGAUCACAAGUUGUGGUGAUUUUUUCAUUUUUACAUUGUGAAAUUUGUACAAUAUACGUCAUGCUAGAUGUUGACACAUUGUACUCUGAAUAAAGAAAAA